AUGCCCUCACCUACCAAUUCAUUCCCGCAAUUCUCCAGCUUCCCCCCCGAACUCCGCCUCAAAAUCUGGUCGAUAGCCUUAGCCCUCACACCCGCGCGUACGCUGCCCUUCUCGCUGUUGAAAUCCGACCUCGAUUACCUCCGUCUCCGCCGCAAGGCAUGCCACAAUUACCCUCACAUCUUCUGCUCACGGAUGCCCGUCCCGUCGCUGCUACACUGCUGUCGAGAAUCCCGUCAUACGGCGUUGCAGAACUACGCUGUAGGGUUCGAGAUAUUCCGUAUACUGUCGUUGGGGAGGGGCGAUACGGAUGUUGAGACGUAUACGACGUGUUCGCACGAGGUCGCGCUGGAUGAGCUGCACCGCGGCGUGUAUUGGGAUAAGACGAAGGAUGUGGUGUUGCUGGAUGAUAAGGGCCGAUUGGAUGAGCGAGGCAGUGCAUAUGUGUGGGGUGGGCGGACGGGCGUACGGUUUGGCAGGAUGAAGAGGGUCGCGAUGACUUGGGAGGCUGUGAUGAGUGCUGGAUUUGGAUCCAUGUUGCAGUGGGAGAGUCUGGAGGUGAUGUACGUGGUGUAUGAUGACGCCGAGGCUGGGUUUGCAUCGGAGGCGCCUAGAAUGGGCACUAUAUAUGCGAAUGAGACUAGGGCGCCCGAGGUUGUGGCGAGGCUGUUGAGGGGUGGGAAGAUUAUGAAUAGUGAGAGUGGCCCUGUGGAUCUUAAAUUUUAUAUGGGGUCCUUGAAGCAGUUUAGGAAAUAUAUUGCAGAGGGUGCGCCCUGA